GCAACAAUCCGCCACCUGAGUGGCUAAACAGCAGCUAGCCAUGUUCUUUUUCAUAGAUUUCCGCUUCUGUACUCGGCUGCUCGGGCACUGAAUAGGCAUCUCCAGUUAGCAACGCUAAAUUAGCUAAAGAAUCCGGGUAGCUUUAGUGAGCUUCUUAUAUUUGAUGUUCAGUCUAAACGAAGUGUUUUGAGAUUGCAUUUUGCGCAUUUCCAUGUGAUUUCUCGAGUUAUUGCCUCGGGAAAACUCUAGUCUAAACAUCCACAUUUAGUCAGCUGAUAAAGCCAUCAAAACGGAUAACGACUGUGUUUAUAGCUAGCUACUACAUUUCACACGAACAGAGCUAGCGUUACAGCUAGAUUAGCUGGCGAACGUUAGUUUAUCGAGUCCUUUGUUUUGACAAAAAACUAGAGUUUUCUCUCUUGACAUAUUGGAAACGCACGUGACACUUUGUUUUUUGUGAAAUGGCUCCCCAGAAGCUUGGGUCUUCUGGAGGAGGUCACAUUGGUUCGGGCCCAAGGUAUGGCAUCAAUAUCGGAAAAGCCAAUGGUAGUGUGUACCACUUCUCUGCUGUGGUGAUGGCCGCAGCCAAGAAGCCCAAGAUGGAACACGUUCAAGCCGACCAUGAGCUCUUCUUGCAGGCCUUCGAAAAGCCAACUCAAAUCUACAGAUUUCUUAGAACCAGGAACUUGAUAGCACCCAUAUUCUUGCACAGAACUCUCACUUACAUGUCCCAUAGAAACUCAAGAACAAAUGCCAAAAGGAAUUGCUCCAAAGUGGACGACCUGCUGUUCAAAGUGGAGAAGAUGAGGAGCGAGCAGGAGACACACAGCUUGGCCUCUCACCUGCAACUCACCUUCACUGGUUUCUUCCACGAACUUGAAAAGCCAACGCAGGACUCUGAGAAUGAGCAGAACUCUGUGUCUUUAGAGGUGCUACUGGUUAAAGUCUGCCACAAGAAGAGAAAGGAUGUGAGCUGCCCAGUGAAGCAGGUCCCCACGGGGCAGAAGCAGGUCCCACUAAACCCAGACCCCAGAAAGCCGGCCAGCUGUCCCUCUCUGCUGGUCUCAAGCAGCGAGUUCGAGGCCAGCAACAGCCACAUGAUCAAGUCUUAUUCCCUGCUGUUCAGGGUGUCGUGGCCAGGCUCCACCCACUGCGGCCAGCUCAAUGGACUGGGCCGUGCCGAGGGCACUAACGAAAACAUAGUGUGUUUAAACUUUACAGAGGAGCUGCCAAACAGAAAGAAAAGAAUGUCUUCUCUCAGGGACGAGGGAGAGAUGACGUUUGUGGCUCAGAUGACUGUGUUUGAUAAGAACAGGUGUCUGCAGUUGCUGGAUGGGGAGUAUGAGGUGUCUAUGCAGGAGAUGGAAGUGUGUCCUGUUAGCAAGAAGAGGGCUACCUGGGAGACCAUCCUUGAUGGAAAGUGCCUGCCUCCGUUCGAGACCUUUUCCCAGGGUCCCACGCUGCAGUUCACGCUGCGCUGGACAGGCGAGGCUAGAGGCCACUCCACGGCGCCCGUGGCCAAGCCCCUCGCUACACGCAAUUCAGACUGUGCCAGUGCUGCUGCCAGUGAGCCAAGACCGGGAACUGUCAGACCGUCCCACAUGCUUGCCCCGUCCUCUCAUGUAGUACUGAAGGAGCCUCUGAGUAGCGACGUACAGACCAGGAGAGAAAACAUCUCAAUGGAGACUCAGCAGAAGCUACGCAUAUUCUACCAGUUCCUGUACAACAACAACACAAGGCAGCAGACUGAGGCCAGGGAUGACCUCCACUGUCCCUGGUGCACCCUAAACUGCAGGAAGCUCUACAGCCUGCUGAAGCACCUCAAACUCUCGCACAGCCGCUUCAUCUUCAACUAUGUGCCCCAUCCGAAGGGCGCCCGGGUAGACGUGUCCAUCAACGAGUGCUACGACGGUUCUUAUGUGGGCAACCCCCAGGAUGUCCACAGCCAGCCUGGCUUCGCCUUCAGCAGAAAUGGGCCCGUCAAGAGGACCGCCGUCACACAUGUCUUUGUCUGCAGGCCCAGGCGGGUGCGCCCCAGCCUGACCGAGUUCCAGGAGCCGGAGGACGGCGAGGAAGAGCAGCAGAGAACCUACGUGAGCGGACACAACCGUCUGUACUUCCGCAGCGACAGCUGCGUACCCCGCUGGCCCCAGGAGAUGGAGGUGGACAGCGAGGACGAACAGGACCCCGCCUGGCUGCGGGAGAAGACUGCCACGCAAAUCGAGGAGUUUACAGACGUGAACGAAGGGGAGAAGGAGAUCAUGAAGCUGUGGAACCUACACGUCCUGAAGCAUGGCUAUAUAGCGGACAACCAAAUGAAGCAAGCGUGCCUGCAGUUCGUGGAAUGCUACGGCCCCUACUUGAUCCAUAGGAACCUGUGCAGGAACUUCCUGCUCCACCUGGUGAGCAUGCACGACUUUAACCUGGUCAGCACAGCCACCAUCGACCAGGCCAUGGCCCGUCUGAGGCAGAUCCAGGCCCAGCAGGAGAGGGAUGGAGACGGGGAGGGCGGUGGUUCAGCUGGGGAGGGGGCAGAGGAGGAAGAGAAAGAGGGCGGAGACAUAGAGGAAUGGGAGACGGCGGUCGAGGACAUCGAUUCGCAGCCUGAGUCGGCGGAGUACGCCAGCUGCAGUGACGACAAGGGCAGCAGCGGGUGCUUGGCGGACGGCCGAAAUGGUGGUGGCGCAGAGGACAAUCCUGGAACUGUCACCGCUGACAAAGUGGCAGAGCAAAAGGCUGACUCUGAGGCCCCCCCAUAGGAGGAACUGUAGUGGUAGGUGAUUGGUUUGGGGAGUAAGGGAAGAGUGGACAAGUGGGGAGAGAGGAUAGUUCCACAGCCGCACUGAGACAUAGAUGACUGGCCAGAACGUAAAUGUUAAGUACACACACACUGUUUACAACAGGGUUAUGUCAGGAUAAAAUAUAUAUAUAUCAGUCCCCUAGUUUCUGCCCUUGGCUAAACUUUAGUUGUUCUUUAAUCAACAUCAUUCAGCACUUUCUUAGGUGCCUGUUUUGGAUUUGAUACUGUAGUUAAUUUGAUAGUGUUUGGAUAUAGAAGGCAUUUAUCAUGAUUGUUUUGUAAGGGGAGUCUUUGAGGGGUUCUUACAACUCGGAAAACUUGUUUAAAAGUGUUUCUGUCUAUUUUUGUUGGGCAUUUUGGCCCCCAAAAAGAUUUUGUACUGACAUCUAGCUCUUGGGAUGUGUUGGGCUCAUGAAGGUCAUUGGCUCUUUGAUGAGUUUGCAAGUCUCGUUCAGAGUAGCCAAACACUUUACUGGUCAGCCGGCUGACCACACCCAAAGGCAAACCUAUCUGGCAGGUCACAUUAGUCAGAAGAAGCGUCUCAUUUCAGUCAGUCGUCUGCAUAGAUACAUUAAAUAUAAUCACGUAUCAGUUUAGGUGGGGCAACAAUUGUCAGAAACGGAGCUAGUGGAUCAGCAUCAGGUCAUUGGAUCCAAGUUCUGAUCUCCACCAUUAAAUGGUUGAAUGACUGAUCUGAGGUCAACCGCUAGGGAGGACUGUCCUGGCCUACUAGUACAGCCUGUCUAUCUACACCCCUGACCCACACUAACCCCAGUGAGGUGUAUACCGUCAUCCACUACUCUCGCAGACUGGGACUGGGCCAUUAUCUGGGGGCCUGUGACAUAGGAGUCUGGGUUUUUCCUACUACAGAUCAAACUGGUACUAGAUCCAGACUCCCCAGCAAAACUGGUCAACAUUGCAUGAACUUGUGUUUUCUUAAAUUAAAUUUUUUUUAAAAUUAAAUGUUCUUUAUUGUAGUGCUUUUUUUCU